AUGAGCAACUGCCGCCCGAUCGCCACGCCCGCUGACACCAAACGGAAGCUCUCCGCUCAGGCCGGACCACCCGUCUCCGACCCCUCUCUCUACCGCAGCCUCGCCGGCGCGUUGCAGUACCUCACUUUAACUCGCCCCAACAUCGCCUACGCAGUGCAGCAACUGUGUCUCUUCAUGCAUGACCCGCACGAAAGUCACUUCACCUACCUCAAACGCGUCCUGCACUAUGUCCGCGGCACUGCUCAUCUCGGUCUCCGCCUCCGGCGAUCUCGCGACACCAACCUGGUCGCCUACUCCGACGCGGACUGGGCGGGUUGCCCCGACACACGCCGUUCUACAUCGGGCUUCUGCGUCUUCCUCGGCGACAACCUCGUGUCCUGGUCGUCGAAGCGCCAGCACACCGUCGGACGAUUCUCAUCAUUCUUCUACGAUGACGACGAACAGGAGACGGCAGCGCUGGCAUCGGGCGGUGACGGGGCAGCGGCUGCGGUGGCCUCUGAUGGCGGAAAAGGAGUCGGGAAGGUCGGGCACGGCGUGGGCGGUCCAGUGGUGGAGGCGGGGGUCCUCCGGGUGCACUGCACGGAGCAGAACGAAGGCGGUGGGCUCCGGUGA